AUGUACACCCUCAAAACCCAGCGUUGGUUCUGGUUGAUGCUGCCGCUCGUCAGAGCCAGCCUUGACUCCGCAUCCUCCGGGGACGGAUUCACCGACUUGUCACGUACGAACGCCGACGCCAACUCUGGUAUUGCAAGGCGGCAGACCUCAACAUCUACGACGUUCGAUUUCUGGUGGCCCUUUCCUGCGCCGGUCACAUCGACCACCACCACCCCUGCCACCACCCCUGCCACGCCCAUCCCUUUUCUGAUUUCUCCAGCUGCAUCUGCCACGCAAUCAGUAGACGUCACGCCUAGCUCGUCUAUCGUUGUUCUUGUCUCAGCCAUAUCGUCCGGACCGUCUUCAACAAGCACUCGUGCCCCUCUAUCUAGUUCCCAAGCUUCUUCCAGUGAUGACGCCGUGCCCACUGCGCAGUCAGCGGACGCCUCACCGCUUGGCACGUUCAAGGCUACCACCCUUAUACCGGCUUUUAUCAGUGUCGCAAUUUUUCUCUCUGCGUUGGGGAUAUGGGUUUUGUAUGGGUGCUGCACUCGUAAACCCCGCAUCCGCUAUGAUGACAAUGAACUUGUUUGUGGACCACCAUAUGCGAACAUCGAAAACCACGAUCAAAUUCGCGACAUCGAACAACAUGGAGCAGCUGGCCAUGAGAUGUUUGAGGUACCACAGAACCAUGUCCAUCAUGGUAGGCUUGGCCAGCUGCAAUACAGGUGGCCCUCGUUCGAUGAACCACCGCCGUUCAACCCAGUCAAGGGACAUCAUAAUGUGCCUAACGAAUCCAAACGCGACUUAGAUGAGGAUCCCUUAUCGACAAUCACCCUGCUCGCAGCUCCUCACUCCAACACUCGAGGCAGAUCUCAACGCUCCUCUAAAUCUGCUCUGUCAGCCGCCAAUGCCAACGCCAAUCCUCACCCAGAGAUGUCACCUGUAUUCUCUGAUGCCACCUCUGCGGCCUUACACGAGCUGUACGAGAGCGAUGACGAUGAAGAUGCGAUGGCACGACGAGCGAAGGAAACGCCCUGGGAAAGCCUGCGACAUAAGAGCAUACGCCGUGGGAUCAUCGAACAGGUCAAAAAGGAGAACAAAUGGAUGGACUCGAUACGUGGGUCGUUAGCGGCAGCCGCCGCACAGAUAAGUGGGAACGCGGGCGGAGGUUCGCAGAAUGAGAGGGAACACGAUGGGCAAAGAGAGAGUGAAGGCGCCGGCCUCCAACGCAAGGACGAAUCAACUAUGGCGGCGAGAAGCCCACGUAGCCCGGAGGAAGAUGCCGCUUCCAGCGUUAGGCGACGCAUGCAUAGGAGAGCCGACUCCAAUUUGCAGGUCGACGACGUGCUUCCUUCUCCCACCUACCACAGACUUCCAGUGAACGCCUCAGAGUCGAUCGACUUCUUCGCAGGAUCACCGAAUGGGCCUCCAGGUGUUAGACGUGGCUAUACAUGGUUACGAGACCGCGAAGACGAGGACAGGUACACACCCCGCCCAACGCGCACUACCGAUGGUCGCAGCAGGAGUCGUAGUAGAAGUCGCAGCACCAGCCCCGUGAAGCCCAGGGCCAACCGAAGACAUCAAGACAUGUCCGGGCGCGACAUUCUUCCUCAGAACCCAGCACAGAUACUCAGCCCACCCUUGGAGAGCCAGAUCUGCUUCACGCCCAUGGGUAUGCCCGUCCCACCGUUAGUUGCCCAACCGGCUCAGUCUCGACCCUUGCAUGCAUCUUCCAACACCAUGACGCACAGUGUGCGACCCAAGACGAGAGCGCGUGGCGCGACGAUCGAUACUAUUGUUAUUCCCACCAGGAUCCCGGUGCCCAGCCCCUCGAAGAUCAGGAGCACGAGCCGACCCCGUUACCGCCACCAGGCGUCGUCUGCCUCAUCUAUUUCUGGCAAUAGCUCCUCGAGGCCGGUACCUAUCCCCAUGAGCAGCGAGGAUAGUGGAGAGGCCGUUCGUGGAAGGUCUGUCAAAAAAGCACCUGCAAGUAUCAACACGCCUUCGAAGAAGCGCAGCACGGCCAAUUGGUCCAUCGAUGCUCUGAAGGCAGAGGUUGACCAAGAUCUCCGAGCGCAGAUGCGACUGCAAACCAAGAACGCGGCUGAAGCAAACGCCAUGAAGAAGGUUGAGCAGAUUAUGGAGAACAGCUGGAGCGCGAGGGAUAUGCGAGAGGAGGAGAUUAGGUGCUUGAGUCCGUCUGGUUUCGGACGGGAGCCGUAA